GGUUGUCUUCCUACCACCAUGGCCCACGAUGUGACCCCCUCGGAGAACACCAUUGCCGUCGCCUUCGUCGUCGACGCCUCCCUCUCGCUCGCCGCCCAAUGGCACUUCGUCAUCGGCCAAUACGUCGCCCCAAUGCUCAAGCGUCUCAGCGAGUCCAAUCCCGGUUUCAGAUUUCGUAUGGCCUUCGUUUCCUACGGCACCGCAGAUACUCGACCUACGCCCUUACUGUGCAAACGGUUCUUCGCCGACUUUCAGCCUGUGACCAAGCUCAUCAAGGAGGAACCCUCAAAGCUUGGUGUUGGUCAGUCUUCUUCAGGGUCCCACGGAAUGUCGGCCCUAGAGGGCUUCGUUGCGGCGGUAGAGAUGUUUGAUACCCUGCAGAGUUGCUAUAUACCACCUGAUCCAAAUCGUCCUCCACUCUACCACAUAUUCCACAUUGCGUCUUCUCCGCCAGACGACGUUGAAUUUCCUCUGCACAACCAGCUGCCAGAGCUAGACCGCAUUACUUGGGAUACUCUACCGGCUGAGCUCCAGAAGAGAAAUAUUAACCUCAGCAUUAUCAACCUGGACUCUUCAUCACUUCCCAAGUUCUCAGAGCUUCAGUCUUCGGCCGCUUCUGGUCAGAAGGUGAUGCCCUGGUUUUCAGUGCGUCCCCAGGAUACACUCUGCCUUUCUGGAUUUCCCGUGCAUCAGGCCGCGCCGCUCAAAACGACCCCCCAAAAGCGUCCUCAUGAAGUCAUCUCUGUCGACGACAAGAGUCCCGAUGCGAAACGCGUACGACUUUCCCAACCCAAUGAAAAACCUGCGCCCGCUACCGUUGUUGCACCAACUCGUCCCUUACCCCCCUCCCAGCCUCUUGCGAAUCCUAUUCCGCCCCCACCUCAAAAUAUACCGCCUCAGAUACCGAUGCCAGGUCCACAACAACUACUUGAUCGCUUCCGACAGGAAGAGACCAAAAUGCGCGAGCUAAACAAAGCGAUGGUAGAAGCUCGUGGUCGGGGGGACAUCGCACGCGCCGAGGCCAUUCAGCAGGAGAUGGCUAAGAGGCUGCCCCAGCACCAAAAGCUUCGUCAGGUCGUCGCCACCAUACUGAGAGCUCCACAAAUGGCCGCGAUGAGGCAGCAGCUAAUGCAAGGACAGCUAGCCAAUCAGGGGAACUCGGCGAAUGCGACCGCCAAUCCAACUACCGAGACCCUGAAAGCUCCACAAGGUUCAUCACCCGCACAAGGUUCCACGGCCGCGUUUCCCCCCAGCGACGGAGCAAAUCCUCCGGCAAACAAUUUCGUGCCGCCACAAGGAAUGCAUAUACGAUCUAUGUCAAAUCCCGGUGAGGUCGGCCAAGGGUUCAAUGCAGCUAGGAUGCAAAUGUCGCCCAGUGCGGCUGCACAGAUGCAGAAAGUCAUUGAACAGCAAAACCGGACGGGACAACCCCCGCCUCAACAUCUAGGAGCGGGCCCAUCAAAGAGUUCUCCUAAUAUGAUGGUGAACAUGCCUCCUGGUUCAAUUACGUCGACGCCACCGAACCAUCCACCGAGUAAUGCUGCACAACCACCCCAGUCGCAAUCACAACCAGCUGUCAAAACACCAGUGUGGCAAGGAACGCUCCGCUGGAGCGGUGUUGAUGCAAGUGGGAAGCGGGAGAUGCAGGCGCAUGUCGUGGCGUACUCUCAGAAUGCCGUUGAUUGUCAUGCGAAUACUUGGCCGCCAUCAUUCAUGCUUACGCCUACGGCACAACCUGCUGUAUCCACGCAGGAUUUGCAGUUGUGGGUCAAGAAGACGCAACCUGUGUUGUGUACCUUUGCAGCUCAGCCCCGUGUCGCCGACCUCAAGACGAACGAGCUUCAUUACAAGUCUCUGAUUGCGCUUCUUUUAAGUAAGAAAGUUUAUGCUCUCGCUGCGUGGACGCGGCCCUCAGGCGUCCAGGACACCAACGCCCUGUUGUUCCCCAUAAAUACUCACGGACUCGUGGGCGCUUUCUUCCCUAUCCACGGAAUGCCGGAACUCCCCAAGUCCACGAACCCCAAUCCCAACCCCAUGCCUCCCAACUUUCAGAUGCCACCUAACAUGAUGGCAACCCUAGCCAAGUUACCCCCGGAGCAGCGGAACGCGUUUAUGGCCCAGUUUGCCCUGGCUCAGCGGGCUCGUGCUGCCCAAGUGCAAGCAGCAGCUAACAAUAACGCUGCGUCUUCGUCGGGGCCAUCUGGUUUCACAGCCCAACAGCCUCCACAGACGAUUCAGCAGCAGUUCCAGCAGCAUCAACUACAGCUACAGCAGCAGCAGCAGCAACAGCAGCAACAGCAACAGCAGGCGUCGCAACAACAAUCGUUCGGUGGUGGACAGUCGUAUCCUGGGGCUGGGAUGGUUCCCCAGGCGAACAACAUGAUGAACUUUAAUGCACAGCAGAUACAGAUGUCCGCGUCACUCCCGAGACCUGUGCAGCCCAACGUUCAGGGUGGGUUCAGCCAUGAGAUUUUACAGUCAUUUAUGCAGCGUAGUGCUGAGGGUGGGGGAGGCGCAUAGUCGUAGUCGGUAGGAUCUCGGGAGCGUAUAUAUCUUGGUUGUAUCGGUAUUACUAUUCGCAAUUUCGCAUACAUGUAGACUGUAUUUUUAUUUUGUACAACAUAAUACCUACUACCAUCGUCAUUCGGGACGGACGACGGAAUGUCAUAGCUACGAAAACCCAAAAGCUUCGUCUGUAACUGUACCUGACUCUUGGCGGAUUUUAUUAUUUUUCCCUUCUUUCAUUACUCUUGAGUCUUAUAAGUCGGUCGAUUUCAAGGAGUCUAAAUAGGGAUGUCAUGUGAGGCAGCUGGCACAGUACCGAUUCCGAAUGCAG